CUCUCAAGUUGCCUACGUUGAAUGAUAGAGAAAACCUACGCCUUGGAGGACGUGAUGGAGGAUAAGUUAUCCAGAAGUUUGGGUCGCACGGAGAAAUAACUACCUACGGUAUUUCCAGGUGCCAGACGAUCAGUCAAAUCUCACGCAUUUCUUGUAGGUGUGUCACUGUCCAGUAGCCUAAUGGCUAGUCUUGAGAUACAUGCAGUACAAAGAUGGCGGAAAUGUGUGGACUCUGUGCUGAACAACCUUACUGAGGAUCAAGUUAAAUCUAUCAAAACCAAAUGCGAGGAGCGUGACUUUUUCGUUGUACAUCACUUGACGGAACUAAAGGAGGGAGGCAUCUCGCCUCUUCUUUCUGGCACGCCCAUCACCUGCCGAGUGGAAAAUACAGAGCGAUACACCACCCGCUCCAAGGUAAACAUAUGCACUCUGUACACGGUUCGUCUAACACACGGUGAGUUCACAUGGACGGUGAAAAGAAAGUACAAGCACUUCCAGGAGCUCCACAGAGACCUGUACAAGCACAGAAUGAUGCUGCACUAUUUGCCUCUGGGGAGGUUUGCCAUGCGGAGGCAACAGCUGGGGGGUAUGACGGAGGAGAUGCCGACUUUACAUGGAGCAGACAGAAUCAGAAGAACAUCUAGCAAGCCGAAAUACCUGGAGGAAUAUUUGAACAAUCUACUAGACAAUGACUUCUACAGGAACCUUCGUGGGAUGUUGGAGUUUCUUGCGAUCAGUCCACUUUCCUUUGUCAGAGACCUUGGACCUAAAGGAAUAGAGGGUUAUAUUCUGAAAAGAUCAGGGGGUCACCGCAUCUUUGGGCUCAACUGUAUCGGACACCAUCAGUUCUGCUUCCGUUGGUCUCGGCGCUGGCUGGUGGUGAAGAAUUCGUUCCUUCUGUACAUGUCAAGAGAUCCUCCAGUCGUGUCUUUCGUUCUGCUGUUUGAGCCUGAACUGAAGGUGUUGGUUGGACGCAUGUACACUGACACAAAGUAUGGUGUCUGCAUCGAAAACUUCAACAGGAAGCUGGUGAUUAAGUGCAUUAGCUACAGGCAAGCUCAGUGGUGGAGUCAUGAGAUUCGAAGUCUCUAUGAACAGAGUGAUUUCUCCCAGAAACAUCGCUUCGACGGCUUUGCCCCACCCAGGCCAGACACCCUCACAAAGUGGUAUGUUAAUGGGAGUGGGUAUUUCUCAGACCUGGCCGAUGCUCUGGAACAGGCCAAGGAGGAGAUCUUCAUUACUGAUUGGUGGCUUAGUCCUGAGGUUUUCCUCAAACGUCCAGCCACAAACACAUAUUGGCGCUUGGACAAGAUUCUCAAACGCAAAGCAGAGCAGGGAGUGAAAGUGUGUGUGUUGUUGUACAAAGAAAUGGAAAUGGCACUGGGUAUUAACAGUGGCUACAGCAAGAAGACUCUGACGAACCUUCACCCUAAUAUUAAGGUGAUGCGUCACCCUGAUCUUGUGGGUUCAGCUGUGAUCCUCUGGGCCCAUCAUGAAAAGAUGGUUUCCAUUGACCAAUCUGUGGCCUUCGUGGGUGGAUUGGACCUUGCUUUUGGGAGGUGGGACGACAGUGACUACAGGCUGAGCGACCUGCCAUACCCUAAAAGAACAGCAGAGCCAGACCCAGAGUCUGAAACGGUGGACAGUUCAACAGUUCCUUUGACCGAAAUUUCAUCUGAUGAGAAGUGUGAGGAUGAAGUAGAUCUGAGCUUGAAUGCCCUCUUGUGGCUGGGAAAAGAUUACAGCAACUUUAUCAAGAGGGACUGGACACAGCUUGAUCAGCCCUAUCAAGACAAUGUGGACAGAACACAGGUGCCACGUAUUCCCUGGCGGGACCUGGGUUCUGUGCAUCAUGGGAAAGCAGCCAGAGAUCUUGCACGUCACUUCAUCCAACGGUGGAACUUCACUAAGAUCUUCAAGAGUAAGUACAAAGAUGACUUCUACCCAUACCUACUACCAAAGUCUCACAGCACAGCAGAUAAGCUUCCAUUCACUGUCCCUGGCGCCGCAAAGGCCUCUGUACAGGUGCUACGUUCUGUUGAUCGCUGGUCUUCAGGCACUUGUGAACGCUCUAUCCUUAAUGCUUAUGUACAUGUCAUCGAGAACAGCCAACAUUACGUGUAUCUAGAGAAUCAGUUCUUCAUCAGCUGCUCAGAUGGGAAAAGCAUACACAACAUCAUUGGAGAUGCUAUCGUCAAUCGGAUCCUACGCGCUCACAGUGAGGGUAAGAAGUACAGGGUGUUUGUCGUAAUCCCCCUGCUGCCCGGCUUUGAGGGUGACAUCAGUCAAGGAGGAGGAAACUCCAUUCAGGCUAUACUGCACUAUACCUACAGGACUAUAAAUAGAGGGGAACACUCCAUUCUGUCAAGAUUAAAGGAAAAAAUGCAGGAUGAAUGGACACAGUAUAUUUCUCUUUGUGGUUUGCGCACACACGCUCAGCUCGGCGGUUCCACCAUUACUGAACUCAUCUACGUCCACAGCAAAGCUCUCAUCGCAGACGACCGUUGCUACAUCAUAGGGUCAGCCAACAUCAAUGACAGGAGCAUGCUGGGUAGUCGUGACAGUGAGUUGGCCGUGCUGGUGGAGGAUGAAGAAAGAGUCCCUUCAGUCAUGAAUGGAGAAGAGUACCAGGCUGGACCGCUAGCACUCGCCUUACGAAAAGCGUGCUUUGGCGUGCUUCUCGGAGCAAAAUCGGAUCCAGCUCUCGACAUUGACGAUCCAAUCAGUGAUCAUUUCUUCAACGAUGUUUGGAACAGAAUCGCCCAAUCAAAUGCUGUCAUCUACGAAAAGGUCUUCCAGUGUCUUCCUCUGGACUCCAUUCGCAACUUGCGUGAGUUAAUGGAGCACAGGAACGCUGAAAGCCUCAGCCUCGUUGACCCGGAGAAAGCCGGGCGAGAACUCCAGGCCGUCAGGGGGAUCCUGGUCCAUUUCCCGUUGCACUUUCUGUGCGGGGAGAACCUGCUCCCACCACUUAAAAGCAAAGAAGGAAUGAUUCCUACGGAGGUGUGGACAUAGCAGGGUGGAGUCGAGUAGGGUAUCGAACAGUGCAGUUUAGUGUGAAACACAUUGUCAGUGUCACACAUUAUCAAAACUAAUUGAGAUAGACGGCACCGUGGUUGUCGUAUGACAACAUUUGUCUUUGGGUCUGAUUUUGACUACAGGAAUAGUCUCAGUCCACUAACCACAGGACAAUGUAUUAAGAAUAUAAACAUAUUAUGUCAGAAGUACAUAAUAGAAAUGAUAUAAAAACCGCAAUGAAAUAACAUUCAGGUAAUAUAGAAUGUUCUCUAAUGCCCAUGUACUAACACAAGAUAAUUUAUAAGAGUAGAAACGCAUAGUGCACUUUGCUAAUUAUAUGAAAAUAACAAUGAAAUAACUUUCAUUUCAUCAUUUGACUUAAAGAACAGAUGUUCUCUAAUGCCCACAAUGGGCGUGAAUGUUAUGUCCCGAGUAUUUAAGAUGGCGAGAAUGUAAAGUGCUGCAUAUUAAUGGCAGAAUAAGGAGACAGGAAGGAAAAGCGAGGGAGAGGAGUAUUUUUGAUGACCAAGGAACAGAACGUACAUUUAUUGUUGCAAAUGUGUGUGGGCAGACGGCAUCGCUUUACCUUCUUUUCCCUCUCUUGCGUGCACUACACCUCUCAAUGCAGUGGCAGCAAAUCUGUCAGAACAUUUGUGGUUGUUAUGGUGACUGGUAUAAAGAGCUGACUGCUGAGAGAGAUAGAGAGAACGGACGAAAGAGGGAGGAGGAAAUUACCCAGGAAGAAAAAAUUGACAAACUGUAAAUCUGAGAGACCUGGCAAGCAAGGAUAAGAGAAGUGGUGGUAUACUUGGACAGGUAGAUGAUGUGAUGUUUUUGGAAAGAGGUAGAGGGAGGCGUUACGGGGGGAAGGAGGUGGGGAAGUAAACAUUGAGGUAUUCGGGGGGGGGGGGGUUCUCUACUCAACAUUUAUCACCCCCCUUUAUCUCCAUGACAACCAGGAGAAAUUAUUGUUAUGUAAUAAUGUCAGCGGUUUAGAACGUUCCACUUUCCUCCUUUGGAGGGGGUGUCAAAACAAAUGGAGCAGACUGAAGGACAGAAAUGGAAAGCUAAUUUUCUCACCGUCCCAUUUUAACAUUACUAAUAUUCACGUGUACAUGUAAAAUAGUGCGAAGUUAUACUAUAUAUAAUGUUAUACUUUAUGUGACCUACUUUGAAUAUGAAGAAACCACAAGAUGCAUACCCACUGACAAUAAUACAGUCAUAUUCCACAUUAAGCAAUCAUGUUUGUUUUUUAUAAACUGUCUUUAUAUAUGGUCUUUAUAUGCUUUCAAACAUUUUAAUGUAUCAAUCUCCUAUUGCAUAUUUUUACAUUAUUCAUGUAAGUAGAAUAUGCUUUGUUAAGAAACCAUGCAAACUGUCGAAAAACACUUGAAUUAAAAUCAAUCUUGUCUAACAA